UGCCUAGAGCAAAUCGAAAAGGCCAGAAUUGAACUAAAGACAAUGGCUGUAGAGUACGAAGCCACUCCCCUCCUCCUGCUCGCCAUCUUCGAUGAAGACUGCGAGCUCUUCUGUAAGGUAGUCGAGGAAUGCGCCAGUGAUGAAGACCUUGGGGACAUGCCAUGUUCUCCUUUCAUCAUUGCAAAAGGAGGCAGUUUUAUUACUGCAAGGAACUUCACCAUAUGCAUUGACACCCUGCCAGUGAUACACGCAACAAACCCAUGCCAGGCAUUCCGGCUCAUGUUUUUCGCACACUUUGCAUUUAAUCUUGCGUACCCUAAGGACACAAGCCUCUGCUUGGAGUUCACACAGCGGACCAUUGCAGGUGUCAAUCCUGGCAGGGGAACGAAGAUAGAGCGCACAAAGAAAAAACAACACUGCCUCUCCCCAAAAGUUGCUUCCCUCAUCACAUCGUUGCAAGACUUCGACUUUUAACUGUUCUGAAACUUCAAAACUUUUUCAUUACACACAGUUGGGCAACUGACCGACUAUAUUUCUACUACAUCGGGCUCUUCUGUAAGUGUUUCAAUAUAUACACCAUUGUCAUUUCUUUUCAUGCACUGUGAUAAUGCAAAUACUCUGUUUAAUGCCUUAUGCCUUCUUACUUUUAUCUGACUGCUUCAUGCAGUAGUAGUGUCAAGCAAGGCACAAUUUUCCUUAUUUGUAUUUUUGGAAUUAGUUUCAUGACCGGUUGUAUGCAUUUUAUUGUAAUACUAUUUUGAUAUGUAUAUUAUAGUUUCAAGAUUGGAACGUAUAAGCAGAGUGAAUUAAUAUUUUAUGGUUACACUGUGAUAAUACAACAGCUUGUCACAUGCCUUAUGUUUUGUUUGUAUCUCGGUGCUUAAUGCAAUACUAGUGUCAAGCAAGGCGUAGUUUGCCCAAGACACCUUCCUUAUGUAUAAACUUGUCAUUACAGUUUAGUGACUGGUUGGACUUAUUGUAAUACUACUUUCUCCAUUGUAUUAAAUAUAUUUUUAUAUUGUAGUUGUAAGGUUGAACGUACUAAGUAGAAUGAACCAAUAUUUUAUGGUUACACUGCGAAAAUGCGAACGCUGUUUUAUUCAUGCCUUGUGUCUUGUUGCUUGUAUCUCACUGCUUAGUUGUAAGGUUGAACGUACUAAGUAGAAUGAACCAAUAUUUUAUGGUUACACUGCGAAAAUGCGAACGCUGUUUUAUUCAUGCCUUGUGUCUUG